AUGCUGGUAACCUAUUUGGAAGCCAGCCGGGACCUUUGCGAGACGGACUCAAUUCUUUUUGGCGCCGCGCUGGCAGUCUGCCGUAUCAUAGGCGCCAAGGUUUCCACGGCUGGACGCGCUACUGGCCAUAGUAGCGCUAUCCCAGCAUGGAGAAGAAGAAUUGAGGAACGUAUCGCAAAAGCUAGAGCUCUCAUCGGCAGACUGAUAUGCUUCAGAUCAGGCAACAACAGGCCAAGAAAUGUGCGCACCGUCAGGAUGGCGUUUGCUGGGACAAAUGUCAGUUUGUCCCAGUCGGAUGUAACGCAAAAACUGACGGAGCGCAUAGAUGACCUGAAGCAGAGAAUCGCUGCUUGGGGAAAGCGGAUUCGGCGAUAUACCGAGAGGUCGACACGGUUCAACCAGAAUCGUCUCUUUCAGAGUGAUCAGAAGAGGCUCUAUGAAUCAUUGGAGCGACCAAUGGUAAGUGGAACGGGUCCAGCACCGAAUCAGGCCGACACUGUAGCAUUCUGGCGCGGCCUGUGGUCAGAGCCCGUAAACCACAGCGAGGGCCCUUGGACGGAAGUUGUGGCGAGUCAGUGUGCGGGUAUUACGCCCAUGGACCCCGUCAUCAUAACGCCGGAUGACGUAGCUGAGGCGGUCCGUAGGGCCCCGAACUGGAAAAGUCCGGGGCUUGACGGGCUGCAUCACUACUGGCUGAAGGGGUUCAUGCCAGAUGUAAUGCAAAAACUGACGGAGCGCAUAGACGACCUGAAGCAAAGAAUCGCUGCUUGGGGAAAGCGAAUUUGGCGAUAUACCGAGAGGUCGACACGGUUCAACCAGAAUCGUCUCUUCCAGAGUGAUCAGAAGAGGCUCUAUAAAUCAUUGGAGUGA